AUAGAUUUGAAUUUAGAGUCCAGACAUCAACUCAUCAGCAUUCAGCUCAGACCAGCCUCCACUGCUUGCAUCAGAAAGUACGUUGGUGCUUCUGAAACUUCAGUAGCCUGUGCUUCCUGACGUGUCUGGGUGUCUCGCGUCAGAAGAAGUGCUUCUUUGCUGUCCUUCUUCGAGAGCUAAACAUGGCCCGGAAAAAGAUCAGAGAGUACGACUCCAAGCGCCUCCUGAAGGAGCACCUGAAGCGCCUAGCUGGCAUCGAUCUGACGAUUAACUCCGUCCAGAUCACUUCGGAGACGGACUUCGCGAAGCUCGCGAACGAGCAGCCAUGGAUGAACAGCACUCGCAUGGUGGUGAAACCCGACAUGCUCUUCGGCAAGCGAGGCAAGAGCGGCCUGGUGGCUCUCGACCUUGACUUCGCAGGAGUGGAGGCGUUCGUUAAGAGCAAGCUCGGCAAGGAGGUGGAGAUGGGCCAGUCCAAGGGCCCCAUCACGACGUUCAUAGUGGAGCCGUUCAUCCCGCACAAGGAGGAGUACUACCUCUCCGUCACCUCCAAGCGCCUGGGUUGCGAUGUGAGCUUCUCGGAGUGCGGCGGCGUCAACAUCGAGGAGAACUGGGACAAGGUGAAGACCAUAUUCGUGCCGACAGAAUCCGAGCUCACAUCAGAGCUAUGCGCGCCGCUCAUUGCCACUCUGCCUCUUGAGGUGCGGGAGAGCAUGGAGAAGUUCAUCAAGGGUGUCUUUGCUGUCUUCAAAGACCUGGACUUCACGCUGAUAGAGAUGAACCCCUUCAUCGUGGUCAACGGGGAGCCCUUCCCUCUCGACAUGAGGGGCGAGCUGGACGACACAGCGCAGUUCAAGCACUUCCAGAAGUGGGGCGACGUGGAGUUCCCUCUGCCCUUCGGCCGCACCAUGUCGCCCUCAGAGGAGAGGAUCCACGAGAUGGACGAGAAGACCGGGGCGUCUCUCAAGCUCACCAUUCUGAACCCCAAGGGUCGCAUCUGGACCAUGGUGGCUGGAGGAGGGGCGUCUGUCAUCUAUGCCGACACGGUCGGUGACUUGGGCUACGCCCAGGAGCUGGGCAACUAUGCCGAGUACAGUGGAGCGCCUAACGAGCAGGAAACGCUGCAGUAUGCUCGCAUCUUGAUUGACUGCGCCACAGCCAAUCCCGAUGGCCGUCCACGUGCGCUGCUCAUUGGUGGAGGUAUUGCCAACUUCACAGACGUGGCCAAGACGUUUGCCGGCAUUAUUCGGGCGCUCCGUGAGAAAGAGCGGCAGAUUAAGGAUGCCAAGGUGCGCAUCUUCGUGCGUCGCGGAGGGCCCAACUACCUCAAGGGGCUCGAUAUGAUGCGCGAGCUGGGCACAGAGCUUGGCAUUCCCAUCCAGGUGUAUGGUCCUGAGGCCAGUAUGACUUGCAUCUGCAAGGAAGCGAUUGAUUACGUGGCCUCUGCUGCUGCCUGAAUCUGAAUCAACUAGGGGUUGUCCAUAUCGUACAUGCAUACAAACCUUGGUGGUGUGUGUUCUUCCUUUUUUAUGGGGUCAGAUUGUAAAGCAAACGACUUUGUAUUGUUUACAAGGAAACGUUUGUGCCAAACGUGAACC